GGUUCUAGACUACUUCCUUGGGCGCGCGGUCAAAUUCAAAAAGAAGGACUUUGGCACAAAGCAAGUACAACAUCGCAUAAAACAAAGAAAUUUUAUGCCAAAACCGCAAAAUGCUCGUGGCUGAUCCUCGUCCGAGCGAAUCUUUAACUGGUUACAAACUUCAAUGACGCUCUACGAACGAAAAUUCGUCAGAAAUUCGCUUUGUGUUUGAACUUGGAGUCGAGAAAAGAACGGGGAACUUGCAGCUUGCUGUCAAAGUGAGUAUAAUUCUGUAUCGUUUCCGUGUAUCUUUCCGUUACACAGACUUUAGAAAAGUGGAACUUUGCCAGAACGUGUAAGCAUUAUAUAUAGCCUAUUUUCUGUCCUGUUAUUUACCGUAAUUAUCUCCGUAAAUUUGACAAAAUAUCAAAUCAGACUACGCUAUAAACAUCUGUUUUGAGUCAAAAUGUUUCAUAUUGUCCACUAUUAAAGCGGUUACAUAUUUGUACAUUCUUGUUUUAGUUCAAAACUUUUCGUAAACAUGCUCGCUUCAAUAGACCCGAGAGACCUUUGUUUAAGUCAUUGUUAAGGUUAUUUUACUGUAUGUUGUUAAUGACUUAAUAAAAUCGUUUUCAAAACAUUGUUUACAUUCUGUCGAGUGUUUACAAAAUAUAAUGUAGUUGUCGUGCUGUGGUGUUUUGAAGCAUCGUAUUUCACGAAGGGUUUCAACGUUGCAUAAUUUGGAUAUUCUAGGGUGUUACAUGAUAUUUGAACCUUGAACUCAGUACCUAUAUAAGCAGAUAAUUCCCCCUUUAUAUUGCCUUUGUAAAGGAAAUGGGUUUUGAAAGUUGCAAGAUGCUUGUACUUUGGUUGUCAUAAGUUGAAUUAUGGAAGAUGCCGUCGAGUCUCUUGUCGUCGAAGAGGAAAGCAAGAAAUUGAUGCACAAAAAGUCGAUAUUUCAUCGUUUUCGAAAUAAGAGCACGUCCGAGAAUAACAACGGUUCUGACGGGAAAGAUUCAGCGCUCGUUAGUGACAAAAUGACUCCUAAUGAAGUCGGUAAAGAUACAUCUGUAGGCACUACAGGCCCUAAUGAAGACAAUAAAGAUUUGGCUGAUAGCAGUACGAUCCCUAAUGAAGAAUGUAAGGAUUUACCAAAUAACAGUACAAGCCCUAACGAGGACAGUAUUGAUAACAAGUCCAAAUGUAACGGAAUUAAAGAGAAGAUACUGAAUGGAAUUAGGGAAAAGAGUGCUUCGUCAUCUCAGAAAAGUAGCUCAUGCCUCUUGCUACGGCUGUUUGAAUCAAAGCUGUUCGAUAUGUCGAUAGCGAUGUCCUACCUCUUCAAGUCAAAGGAGUCUGGCGUUCAGACGUACUUGGGAAACAAGUUAUUCGUAAGUAUAUGUGAUCUAUACUCCUUUAGAAUUUUUUUUUUAAUAAUAAUGUGGGGGUGUGCUGAUUAUCCUUACUUGCAUGCAGCUGAGAGCUAAACUGAUUUGCAAUGGAUGCAGCCCAACCUGAUCAAGUAGAAGGCUUUCUAAGGACGCCUUAUGACUCAUCUCUGAGCACAGCCAUAGUGAAAUGGUCAGUUUGGGUCUUAUCCCCCAACCCACUCUGUCAACAUUCCCUGUGGAAGAAAACUGGAGUACCCGCAGAAAACGGGUUAUCAGUAGAUUAUCGGUAGAGCGUGACUAUUUUCACAUAAGUGCCACGAAUCCGCAGUGAGAAUCAAAGCCAAGAUAUCGGAGGUGAAAGGCACUUGAUCUGACAAUAGUGCCUUCGAAAGCCAUAACAAUUCCAACCCCACAGAAAUUUGUUCAUUUUUAACAAAUUUAAGGGAAAUUUGUUAACUCUUAAGGCCCAUCCAUCUACACGAUAUGACUAGUCAUAAACAAUUCUUAUCCUGGCGUAUGAAAACGAUUGCAGAUGCCACUAUUCCUGUCCAUCAGUUUACGGUGAAGUUUGAAAUGUGACAUCUUUACACGCAUUUAUUCGAGUACAAACGCCAGGAUAAGAAUCGUAUACGACUAGUCGUAUCAUCUAGAUGGGCCUUAAUAUGUUUGGAAAUCAUUGAAAUGCCCCUUUGGGAAUGCUUCCCAUUCUGUGACAACCAACUUUUUCUCCCCUUUAGAAUUGAUUCCCCUUCUGUCGUAACUACGUCUUGUUCCCUUCAGAAUUGAUUCCCAUUCUUUCCCGACUACUUCUUGUGCCCUUCGGAACAGAUUGCCAUUCUGUCACGACCUACAUGUACUUCUUGUCCCAUUGAGGAUUGAUUUCCCAUUCUGUCAAAGUUACUUCUUGUCUCCUUCCGAAUUGAUUCCCAUUCUCUCACGACACACUUCUUGACUACUUUUGAAAUGUUUUUGUCACAAUUCACAACAGAAAUUGAGAUUUUUCACUACCCCUUGGAAAUGUGGAAUUUCCUUGGAAAAUCUUGCCAAUGGGGGAGGUGUAGAUAGGAUGAUGUUAUACUCUGUUUUCAUUUAGCCAGUAAUUUCCCAAUUUAGAUCAGCCAAAUUUUAUAUACCGAUAUUAAAUAAAGGGGAAGAGCGUUGCCACUCAAUGGGUUAAUCUGUCCAUGUCCGAAUGCGGCCUACUUUAUUGUUUUACUCUGUCUAACACCAGAUGACUUUUCUCUUUAGCAGGAGAAAGCUGGUGCUCUUUGGUUUAAAAUGUGUGUCAUUAGGUGCGAAAUGUGCCUGGCAGAUGGGUUAAUGAGCUAACGAUUUAAUGUUUUACUCUAAUUUAUCCAGAGUCUUGAUCGUUCAGAUGUGGAUAAAUACUUACCACAACUUGUGUAAGUAAUAACUUGUACUCAGAUUUAUUGGGGAGGCGGAGGAAAGAACAUAUACUCUGAUUUAUUGGGGAGGCAGGGGAAAUAACUUAUACUCAGAUUUAUUGGGGAAGCUGGGGAAAUAACUUAUACUCAGAUUUAUUGGGGAGGCUGAGGAAAUAACUUUACUCAGAUUUAUUGGGGAGGCGGGGGAAAUAACUUGUACUCAGAUUUAUUGGGGAGGCGGGGGAAAUAACUUAUACUCAGAUUUAUUGGGGAGGCUGAGGAAAUAACUUACUCAGAUUUAUUGGGGAGGCGGGGAAAUGACUUAUACUCAGAUUUAUUGGGGAGAUAGGGGAAAUAACUUAUUCUCAGAUUUAUUUGGGGGGGGGGGGGGUUAAUUACAUUUGUUCCUUGCCCAGUUUUUCUUGUUCCUUUUUGAAUUUAUCAGUGUAAUGUAAUGUAAUGUAAUGUAAUGUAAUGUAAUGUAAUGUAAUGUAAUGUAAUGUAAUGUAAUGUAAUGUAAUGUCCAUUAUGGAAUUAGCCAUUUCCCAGUCGAGCAGAGGAAUGGGUCUAGUUGAUGUUUGGAGGGACAACAAGUUAUAGUGAGCGAGCUAAAUAUAUAUUAAUAAAAGAUGCCUUAUUAUAAUUGUUGCAUUUCAGGCUGCACAAAUAACUUUAUAGGAAUGUAGGAAAACUUCCUAGAUGCCAUAUUCGGCAUAUUGUGUAUUUUUUGUCCCUCCAAACAAGCGACUAGACCCAGUCCUCUACUCGAUUGGGAAAUGGCUAAUAGAAAUUGAUAGAAAAUCACAACUGUGUAGCAAUACUGACAUUAUGGUGUCAAAUUUAGAAAUAUGUACAUACACAUGGAGGAUGUGGCUUUUGCAGUCUACCAUUAUUUCAUUGAGCGUUCGAAGACUGAUGUGGAAUUUGCUGUUCAAGUAGGUUGAUGUAAUUGAAUUCAUCACUAAGACAUAUUUAUCAUAAAAGUAUCUACUUGCAUUAAAUACAGUACUUUCACUGGAGCCGUGAUCAAGCCUGUGUGAAAACAUUGUGCAUGCAAAAUAGUUUGUUCAAUACCCCACUCACAAAGUUUAUUUUGAGCAAAACAAAAAGUUUUUUAUUGACAACCUUCUCAGGAGAAACGUUUUGGCAAAU